AUGACUUCAAGGGUCCUUUCUCCAAUACUUAAAAAAACCACCACCCCCUGGGAAUCCCUUGUAUGCCUCCUGUCCUACUUGCCUCAGAGGGACUCACCGAGAACUCAGUCCCUGUGCGAGAACCACUCCCCGGCCCGCCCCGUCUUACAUCUCUCCCGCUUCCUCUGGCAGCCCCAGGCCCUCCUGUUCUCUCUCCCUGUUGACCCUCCUCCCCUUAACCCACCCUGCCUCCCUGUCCUCUCCGCCACCUCCUGCCGGACCACCCUGGGCCAUCCAGCCCCCGUGUGCUUGCUCUUAGGCCCUGACCUGACCCUUGACAACAGCCAGAAUGUUCUUCAAGGCACAGCCUCCAUAUUCUCCAUGAAUCCUAUAGACUUCAAGUCACGCAGGCCUGAGUUCAAACCCAGAUCCUGCCACUCUGUGACCCAGGGCAAACUCCUGAAAGUCAGCUUUCUAAAUCUAAAGAAUGGAAGUAAGAGUCGUUGCCACCUUACUAGGGAGUCAGAAUGA